GGUUUGAUUGCAGAAAACAAACCAGAAGAAAGCUUUUGCUGACAUUUGUUUGAGUUCUCUCUGGCUACUUGGAUAUGAACAAACUAACUCUCCUCUCACAACCCAACAGCAGACUUUGUCUUUGACAACUAAGAGAGAAACUCUUCAAGCAAGGAUCUCUUGUCUUGUUUUUAGGUUACGGAUCACUUAGUUUUACGUUUCUCUUUUGCGUCAUGACUUCUAGUUAUGCACAUGUAAUGGAUAGGCAAGCCACAAUAUCAAACCGCCUGGAGAAUGCCAUCACGUCUAACCUGGACAACUUUCAAGCCAAAAAGAACUUCUCAGUUAGCCACCUGCUGGAUCUGGAAGAAGCUGGGGAAAUGGUUGGCAACCAGGCAGAAGACAGCGUUGGGGAAGCUGGUAGAAGUACACUCGAGUCCCCAGGACUGACCAGUGGAAGUGACACAAACCAACAGGAGAACGAGCAGAUGAACACAGAGGAAAAGAAGAAGAGGAAGCAGCGCAGGAAUAGAACCACCUUUAACAGCAGCCAGCUCCAGGCUCUCGAGCGAGUGUUUGAAAGAACGCACUACCCUGAUGCCUUUGUCCGAGAAGACUUGGCCCGCCGGGUUAACCUUACUGAGGCCAGAGUGCAGGUCUGGUUUCAAAAUAGGCGAGCUAAGUUCCGUCGGAAUGAGCGUGCUAUGCUGGCCAGCAAGAAUGCUUCGCUCCUGAAAUCCUACUCAGGAGAGGUUACGGCAGUGGAGCAACCGAUUGUCCCACGCCCAGCACCACGCCCAAAUGAUUAUCUUUCCUGGGGUAGCACUGCUUCGUACAGUGCCAUGGCCACCUACCCACCAACUUGCUCCAACACUAACACAACCCAGGGAAUGAACAUGGCUAACAGCAUUGCCAACCUGCGGCUGAAAGCAAAGGAGUACAGCUUGAACCAAGUGCCCACAGUCAACUGAAGGGUGGCGUGCAGGCAUAUAAAUUAGGGGACCCUCACAACCACUCAACCCCCCACAUCAUCAUCAUUUGGAUUGAGCUUCGGCCGACAUAACGUGGAUCAUGUUUUUCCCCCCUCCCUUUUUCUAUUAGAAAUUAGGUGUGAUAACAUUUUGCCAUGAGAUGCAAAAUGCAGGACAUCAAGUGAUGUUUCACUCCGAAACUUUGUUUGUCUUACAAACCGCUUUUUAUCCGGAAACAUCUAGACCAGAUGUUGUAAUCAAAUAUGUGUGUAGUUUUGUUUUUGUGACUGAUACAGAGGCUUUUUUCCCUAGAUUUUUAUUUUAUCAUUGUUCUAUCCAUAUUAUACCAAUGACAACCAAAUGUUUUCAAUUAAUUUUGACUUUCAUGUAAUUAUUCAAGAUACAGAAGAGGCUAUUGUGUUAACCAGUAGAUCCUCUUGAUUUUCUGUCAUAUCAUUUAUUUGUAACAGAAAACAAACAUGUAUAUUAAUGAAUAAAUGUAUUUCAAGCAAUACAUUACAGUCUACAAUUCAGUUAGUCCAAUUACAGGUUAGCUACAAUUAGUGAAGGUCUGAUUGGUUUUCAUUCAUUUGUUCCCCCCAAAAUUCAAAUAAGCCAUACUAACUACAUGACUUCGAGACAGAAUCCAA